AUGGCUUUGCGAUUUGAACGAGAGCCCUCGUAAGUCUGCCAUAAGUAAGCUCUGUCAAUCUCAAAAAAUUAAUUUUUCACAUUUUUUAAAAAUUUUUCAUUUUUGAUAAGCACUUUUAAAAUACGAUGCGUUCCCCUAUUAGUUAGCUUUUUUAGGUUUUCAAAAAAUAAUAAGGCCUUAUUUUGAGUGGUCGAAAGUAAAUACUUAUUCCAAGUUGAUUGAAAUUUGAAGUGACAUACUCAGCGAUACGAAAAGCCUGAAAAUAAUUAAUAUGGGCAUUUAAAAUAGACUGCGUUUAAUCUAAUUAGUGGGCCGGGAAUUAAAAUUUAUUACCAUUUUGGGGCAACAAAUGAAAAACAAAUUUUUUUGAAAAAAUAUGUCAUCACGACGCAUUUUUUAAAUUUAAAAAAUUAAUUUUUUCUUGUUGUAUAAAAAUUUUCAAAACGAAAUUUUUUGAAUUUUGAACGCUUAUAAUUCUGUUGUUUCUGCAUAACGCGAGCCAAAAUUUUCAGGAUAUUCUUACAGUAUUGUAAAUUGAUAUUUUACAAAAUUUUAUAAAAUUUGGGAUAUUUCAAUAUAUUGUAUACUAGAGGCGACACAAAAGUUUUUUCUUUAAAAAAAAGUUCUCCGAAAUGACCGAAUUUUAAACAAACCAGUCUGUCGUUAUAAUAGACAUAAAAUACGACUAUUUUCCGCGCGUCCCCUACUGUAAAACCAGUUUUCUCCACAGUUCAAAAUUCAAAGCCGGCCGGUGAAAACAAUUCAAUCAAUAAAUGUCAUUACCAACUUUUCCUCGCUACUUUUUCUGCUCACGAAAACUGAAAGUGGACGCGACCUUUUGUCGCUGCAUUCGGAAUGCCAUCUCAAUUAAUCAUCAUGGAAAGAAUAACAUAGUCCGAGCGUGAUAUUAUCGUUUCGGGUCGGUGUUCGCAGGCUUCUGAUACUUUUCUGGCGGCUAGAUUGAGUCCGUACUCUAAAUAAAUCAGAAAUCAAUCCAUAAAAUUCCGAGGUCGUAUUUUUCGCUGAACAUGGGCCAGUUUUCUGCUGAAUGAGGUUAGGUACCCAUAUUUUCUCAAAGCUUUUCUUGUGCACUCAUAAGGGAAGUCACUUUUUUCGCAGAUCGAUCCAUACUGGUGAUCUAGUGGACUGUGAAGGCCUCAGGCUGUGUAAGAACUUCUCCGAUCCCGUUUUUUGGAGGGUCUUUUCGGAACCUUUUUUGCGCGAACUUUGAUGAGCCAUAACUCUGCUCUCAGGGCCCGUAAACACUUUUGGACGCCAGAUUCUUCUUACACAGCCUGAGGCCUUUACUGUCCACUAGGUCAUCAGUAUGGAUCGAUCUGCGAAAAAAGUGACUUCCCUUGUCAGAGCCAGCCACGUACAGUGGGGGACCUGAUCCAGUGGCAAAAAACGUACUAUCUUCAAUCCGGGAAGCAUAAAAAAUGUGGCAAAAUGCCUCUCACUCCAAGUGAAAAAACAUCGUUUUGAAGGGCGCGCCCUUUCCCUCACAAAAAGACCGUCCGCGCUUUCAAAUCGGAGCUUUUUUACUUGGAGAGGGAAGCAUUUUGCCACAUUUUUGAUACUUCCCGGAUGCAAAAUGGUACGUCUUUUGCCACUGGAUCAGGUCCCACACUGUGUCAGUUUUUGAACGUCAGGUUGCACUUCCCUUCAGUGGCCGAAAUAUUCAACAAUCUUCUUUUUAAGAGAGCGCCUAGAAUGAGGAGAGUCGUCCAGACGAGAAACAGCGUAUAACUUUUUGUAGGGUAUAAUUUGUUUUUCUGCUUGGAAAAAUCUAAUUUUUUGUUGAAAAUUUGUUUGCCACAAUAGUAAUUCAGGCUGAAAUUUGAAAGCCAAAAAAAUCGCAAAAAUUUUUUUGGGCAAAUUUUGAGCAAUAAAUCUCGGUGUUUUCGGGAAAGCGCGAGCUGGAUAAUUUUUCAGAAUUCUUAGAAAAUGAUGUUCUAAAUUUGACACAGCCUUCAGCCAACUUUUUUCCCCACGUCAUAACUUCCUUUAUGAGGGAGUCUUCUCGGCGAGAGAGCACCCGACACGAAGAGAGUCGGUCAGACAAAAAAAUGGUUGUUGUCCAAAAACCGUUGUCUUCAGAACGGAAAAAACAGAUUUUUUAUGGAAAUAUUGUCUUCUUUACGCCUACAAAGCAGCUACUUUUAUCCGUGCUUUUUACGGUGUAGAAAAUAAAAUUCCAAAAAAAAACAUUUUUUUUAUCCACUGUAGCGAUAAGCAGAGAUUGCCACAGCUCCGGACUCCGGAGCGGCCAGGCUUCUCAGCGUUCAGAAAAGUAAAAUUUUCAUGAUCUUGUUAAACCAAAUUGCUUGAAAAAUACUGGGAAGGAUGCGUUGCAUACAACUUGAUUGCAAAAACGUUGGUUGUAUGAUCUCUGGCACUAAUAACGUUUAUCUUUGAAAAAAUAUUUUAAAAAACUUUUUUGCACGGGAGCCGGGAGCCGGAGCCGCAGACCUUUUUAAGUUUUUCAUGAGCCGGAGCCGGAGCUGCAAAUUUGGCCUCGGCUCCGGCUCUGGGAGCUAAUUGUAAGUGCCGGAGCCGGAGCCGAAAUUUUGACCGUGGCAAUCUCUGGCAAUAAGUCGAUUGGAAAAUAUGAUGACAUUCUACAAACUUGCUGAAAAUCAUUUUCCUGCUUGUAAUUUGGCCGGCUUUGUUUUCGCGGCCGGACAAAAAGAAACUCUUUUGAUUCAAAAGUUGCUGCACUUCCAGUUCGGCCCGUACAAAACCCCGAUUCUUCUCAUGUCAUCAUUAAAUUACAAAAAUGUAUCCUCAGAUCGCUAUCGACCUCAACGACUUCUCCGAAAGCGACUGACAAGACAAAUGUAUUUUUUUUCGUCGGAGGAAAGAAAACAAGGUAAAAAGUUUGCACGUCGGCAACUCAAAAUAGUAACGCAAUUUUUUGACCGGUCAAUUUUCAAAUCUGACUUUUGAAAGUUGCCAAAAAAUAUGUCAUUAUGACGAAUUUUUAAGACGAUUUUUUGGGUUAAAAAAUUAUAUUUUUUUAUUUGAAUAUUCAAAUUUUUGAAACUAAAAAAAUUAAGAAAAAAUAUGUCAUUAUGACGGAUUUUUUGAUAUUGUCAAAAAAUACGUCAUUAUGACUGAUUUUUAAACGAUUUUUUGGGAUAAAAAAUUAUAUUUUAUAUAUUUUUUAUUUGAAUAUUCAAAUUUUUUAACACAAAAAUUCGAAAAAAUAUGUCAUCAUGACGGAUUUUUUUAUGUUGUAAAAAAAAUUGUCAUUAUGACGAAUUUUUUAGAAUUAAUUUUUUCAAUUUGAAAAUUUGAAUUUUUUGAAUUUUUUCAAAAAAAAUCCCGUCAGGAUGACUCAUUUUGUGUUAAAAUCUUUGGUUUGUAAAAUACGAUUGAUUUUAAUGCAGUGUCUUUAUUUUUUUUUCACUUUAUUUGAAUUCUCAAAAUUACAGUACCCCAUGGUCCAAUUCAAAUUCCAAAAAAAACCGCACCGUUGCCAUUCUUCGGUUCAUAACCUCGGACGGUCGAGAAAAAGUCCGGUUUUUUGCCGCCAUCAACGGGUUUCAUCUCUGUUUUCGGGCAUUCCGUCGAUGAAACUUUUUUGCGGAGAAAACCCGUCUGGCCUUUCAAAUUUUUUGGGGGUCUCUGAGAUCAAGAUCGGCGCGAAACAAUUACGGCACAGUUCGAAUGUCGGCAUUUCGAACGAACUUGCAUAAAAGGUUAAUGGAAAAUUAACCUCUUUACAGUCGGGUUGGUUCAAAAAUUAGGGUUGAAAUUGAAAGUUUUCUAAAAAAUUAAUGCAAGUGUUCAAAGCGCGGCAUUCAUAUUGGCUUCAAAUUUUUCUCAAGCAUGGCACACAGGAUACAAAUCAAUCUCUAGAAAUCUUAGCUCUCGCUUUGCAGGGUCAGCUGAGAAAAAAGAACGCUAAAAUUUGGAUGAAAUUUGCAAAGAAAGUCUCAGCUGUGACGCUCAGAUUUCCUUUCAAUUUUGCACACAGGUUAAGUCAAGCUCACAUACUAAUUUCUAAAAAUUUUAGCUCGCGCCUUGCAGGGAGAGCCGAGAUAUUCCACGCUCUUUGUCGGCGAGAGAGCGCACGAAAUGCGGAGAGCGGUCAGAGAGAAACUACUGCUUCAAAGUUAGGAAUCUUGUCUUGUAAAUCACAGCUUCGCUAAGCCUCGAGCGAGUAUAUCCGAGAGGAAAAUAACAGAGGAGAUAUUCACUGCUGUCUUCGGUAGAAACAUGGCUAAAAUUAUCAAGGAUAAGCCGGAAAAAAUAUAAAAUUUUGGCGAACUCUCGGGCUAAAAAACUUGGUGAUUUCUGGAAAAUGUUUGCUUGGAAUGUCGAAUACGUCCCAACUAUUAUACAUCGAAUUUUGUGUCAGGUUUCACUAAGAUCUGAGUGUCACACUUUGAUCAAUUUCCUCUUGAAAAAAACAAUUUUUUAUUUUUUUACGUCUGUCCGAUUUUCAACGUAUUUUACCUCAACUUUUCAAACUUGUAAUACAAGAACAGUCCACUCACAGGGGAAGUACUCCAAGUGCGAAUCUCAGAUUUUUUUGAAACUUGGCACAAAUUUAGAAUAAUUUUUUCUAAGAUAUAUGCGAGAAUCCUGGUUGCAGAAACAACCGAGAUUUUUAAAUCGAAAGUCGGCCAAAAUUUAGGACUUUUUGCCGAAUUUCGGAAAGAAAAGUUUCAUGCCUAUUUCUACCGUAAAGGAUAAAGUUUUAAACAUCUUUUUAAACAUCAAUCUAACCUUUGGCGUAUUUUACCUCAAUUUUUCAAACUCUUCAUGCAAUAGCAGUCCACUCAGAAUUAAAUCUUUUUGGCAUUUUUUGAUUUUUAAACAUUUUCCUCCAAAAAACUUUGAUUCAUCCACAAUAACAUCAUCAAUCUCCUUUAUAAUUCGACUAAAAUUGUGAAUUACUUUGCUGAUUUAUUACCACUUCUUUAUAAACACAAGAUAAACUGAAAAACCAUCCAAUCAAAGAAUUUCCUUCCCUCCGGUUCUAAUCUUAUUAUAGGCUCCGCCCCCUUCCGUUGUGGCCCGCGGAAAGGAAGGAAGAAGCCCGGUUUUUUGGGAAGCGCAUCAAAAUUCGGAAGAGGCGGAUCGGCAUGGGCCUUGCAACUUUGCGCUCGGAAGAUUGUUUUUUGCGGGCGGAGGAUUGGCAAUAAAUUUUUGGGGAGCUUUUAUUUUCCGGGGUUACGGUAGAUGCAGAUGAUUUUGGUAAAAUACGCAAGAAUAGAGCUCCGAAAAAAAGAUUUUUAGGAAUUUUGGGGAUUAAAAAGGAGGGUUUGAAUUUGAUUUUUAUUUUUUUUUCAGGAUUUUUGAGAUUUUUUGGGGGAAAAUUGGAAAAUUUUACUUUUUUUUUGAAAUCUUUAGUGAGCUUGGAGAUUGCAAAAGCGUUUGAAAAAAAAUUUGGGUAUAACUUUGAACUAAAAAUCUUGUCUUUGAACCAUUUUGAGGCCAGAAAAUUUGAAAAAACAAAAAAAUCUCAAUUCAAUUUUUUUCAAAACUCCGAAUUUUUUUUUUUUGAAAUUGUGACAACGGAUGAAAUAUACAGUCUCUAAACUCUCAAAAAUGUUUUUGACAUUGAUUUUUGCGGGUUAAAAAACAUUGAAAAUUCUUUCUUUUGCCAAAAAAAAAAUCCGAAAUUUGUGAAAUUUGACAAUUUUUUGACGCAAAAUUUUAGUCAAAAAUGUCGUGCUACAUUUUUAUCACCCCUAUCAAUUCAAAUUUCGUAUUUUACCAUAAUUUUUUGCAAAAAAAUCGUUAUUUUUCAUGAAAUUUUUUGGAUUAUAAAAAAAAUUUCGUUUCGUAUUUUACAGUUUUUUUGGUCAAAUUAAAUAAAAUUAACAGUAAUUUUCAGGAGAAUGGAGACAUUUUGGCAAGUUCUGGCCAAGGGGGCAUUAGAGAAUUCGAUGAAUUUAUCGAAUUCUUCCUUUUUCCAACCCCAGCCUUCCUUCAAUCAGAUGAACAGCAGUGUUAUUGCUGAGAACUCGGCCUGGUCCACAUCGUCAAAUUCUUCAGAGACUGAGAUUCUGGAGUACCCAGCACUUCCGAAGAGUAAUAAUAGCGCUUCAAGUAAGUGUAAUAUAAUUUUUUGACGAUAAGAUCAAAAAAAAAAAAAAUUUUUUUUUUUGAUUUUUUAUCGUUGUAAUUGUAAUAGUUUACAAUUACAUUUUUUUAAAAUAUUUAAAAAAAAUAAAAAAAAAAUAAAUAAAUCUAAAUUUUCAAAUUUCCAAACGUUAAUAACUAAAAUAAUCUAAAAAUUUUCAUUUCCAGCCCACGACGGAUGUGCCGAGAGCCUGGCAAGUAAACGGCGUCGAACUAGGACCAACUUUACGGCUUGGCAACUUGAGGAAUUGGAAAAUGCGUUCGAAGCCAGCCAUUAUCCCGACGUUUUUAUGAGAGAGGCUCUGGCUAUGCGCUUGGAUUUGCUGGAAAGCAGGGUUCAAGUAAGUUUAGUUAUACUCACAUUUGACGAUUUGAUUUUACAUUUUUUUUAAAUUUAAAAAGAUUUUUUUUGAGAUUUUUUUUUCAAAAAAUAUGUCAUCAUUACUUUGGAAAUGACAAGAAUCACCCAGGGAUUGUCAAAAAUCUUUACCAACUUUCUUUGACCACUUUUUAUAUUGCACUUUCCCAAUACGGCGAAAAGAAAUAUUACCUAUAAGUGAUUCGAAAAGAACUUUUAUUUACUUAUAAAAACUUGAAGUUUUUAUAAGUAAAUAAAAGUUUUUAUAAGUGAUUUUGAGCUCCCUGUGUGGGUAAAAACAGAAUUUUUCAAAAAAUCUCAUAAAAAAUUAAAAAAUCGGUCAUCAUGACAUCAAAUGCAAAACCAAGUAUUAUUAUGAGCAAUAAAAGAUAUUUUUAUACUGACAGGGGAAGUACUCCAAGUGCGACGCUCAGAUUUUGAUGAAACUUGGCACAAAUUUAGAAUAAUUUUUUCUAAAGUAUAUGCGAGAAUCCUAGCUCGCGCUUUGCAGAAACAAUCGAGAUUUUUAGAUCGAAAGUCGGUUAAAAUUUAGGACUUUUUGCUAAAUUUCGGCAUGAAAAGUUGCAUGCUUAUUUCUACCAUAAAGGAUAAUGUUUCUACAAAAAAUAAAAAUUUUCCGCUCGAAACUACCAAAGUUAUGGCCAAAAAGCGCUCUUUUCUCUGACCGCUCUCCACGUUUAGCGUACUCUCUCGGCGGCAAAAAUCGUUCAAUAUCUCGGCGGCGCCCGCAAAGUGCGAGCUAAAACUUUCAGGAAUUGAUAUUUAGUCCAUGUCCGACGCGUGCGCAAAAUUUUGAGAAAAUCUGAGCGUCGCACUUGGAGUACUUCCCCUGUGAGUAUAUCACCAUUUCCAAGAAAUAUUUUUUCAAAAAAGUUGCGAAAAUGCUGUUUUUUCAUCCAAAAAAUCCCAUUUUCCUCAAAAAAAUUAAAUCCUCACUCAAAAAACAAUUGGAAUGCUGGCUACUUUGUCCGGGUCUCCUUUAUUCAUCGCGCGCCAAAACUUUUUUGUCCGGAUCCAUUUCGAAUUUUAAAAACUUUGGCUAAUUUUUUGGGGCUUUGUUAGGCAAAUUAUGGAUGAACGGAAAGUUUUGGAAAAUAUUUUAGUGGUUUUUUGAGGGACAAAGAGAAAUUUCGAGGCAAUUACACAACGAUUUUUUUGAAGAAAAAAAAUUUUCAAUGAAAAAAACGUUUUUUGAGGAAGUUACAAAAAAUAUGUCAUGAUGACAUAUUUAUUUUUAAUUUUUUUUUUCAAAAUGAUUUUUAUAGGCCUCAAAUUAUUUUCCGGAAUUUUUAGCAUACGAUUUUCAAUUUCAGCCGAGAUAUAACAAUCCUUUUAUGAGAGACUGUGGAAAAUGGGGAGGCGGAUAUAGAAAAAGUCGUUUUUUGGCCAUGAUAUGGACUUAUGGACUUUAUAUGUGCGAGAAACAGAUUUUUUUGUUCUACUACACAUGUCUCAUCUUUCUACUACAUAAGUCGCCAUUUUUCAUUUUGAAAAUCGAAAAGAAACAGCUAAAUUUCUUCAACUUUUGGGUUAAAAUACGCGAUUUACACUUUUGUUAAAUCUUUUCCUCAAAAAAUUGUUAAAAAUUAUAAAAAUUCCAUGGCUACUUCACCUCUCAGAACCACCAUUUUUUCAGGUCUGGUUUCAAAAUCGUCGCGCCAAAUGGAGAAAAAGAGAGCGUUCGGUUCGAGGAGAGUCGACUGCAGCCAAACGAGAUCACCAAUCGGCUUCGACGGAUCCACAAAGCACAAAUAAAGGCUCAUUCAGUGUGGAGAGUAUCUUAGCGGCCUCUAAAGUGCCUCGAGGAAGACGGCCGAACGCCAAAUAUCCGCGGGUUCAGGCCUGCAAAAGUGUGUCGCCAUUUUUGCUGCCGUUGUUUCAAAUGAGUCAACCGACUGGAGCGACCUUUAAAUUUGAGGAAAACACUGUCUGA